AUGUGAGCGGCAUUUCAUAGCCAAGGAGUGCGCAGUCAGGGGAGGCAAUGGGCUGCGGAGCGAGCACGGGGCGCGAGGCUCUGCCGCCCGAAGAUGAAGCGGCACUGGAGGCCAAGCGCCAACAGCUGGCGCUGGAGAAGCAGCAGCAUGAGCAGGCGAAAAAGCAGCUUGAAGAAGCUCGCGCUGAGCUCGAGCAAGAGCGAAAGCGCGCAGAGGCGGAGCGGCAGAAGCUUGAGGCCGAGAGAAAGCUCAAGGAAGAGGAGCAGAAGCGUGUAGAGGCGGCGGCUGCAGCGAAGCGAAAGGCGGAAGAGGAGGCAGAGGCGAAGAGAAAGGCAGUGGAGGAGGCGGAGCGGAGGGCUGCCGAGGCGGAGGCAAGGCGGAAGGAGGAGGAGGAGGCGGCGGCACGAAAGAAGGCCGAGGAGGAGGAAGCGGCACGGCGCAAAGCCGAGGAGGAGGAGGCGGAGCGCAAACGCAAGGAGGAGGAGGAGCGGUGGCUGCUUGCGGAGGAGGCAGCAAAGGCACUGGACGUGGACACGGAGCUGGUGAUGUCCUUCCCGCCCGCCAACCGGUCCCUGGGCGAGCUGCAGGAGUUCGUGCUGGAGCUGUCGGACCAGCUGCCCCUGGUGAUACGCGCCGCGCCCAUGCGGCUGCUGCACAUCGACGCGGUGCUGCGCGGCUGGAAGACCGGCAUCAAGGUGUUUGAGGAGGUGGAGGAGGCGGACGCCAUCACAGUGCCCUACACCGAGGUCCGGGAGGAGCAGUGGGCGCAGACGGCGGUGCUGAGCUGGCGCUGGGGCAUGCCCAAGCCCACCGUGUACCGGCCCGGCUUCAGUCCAAUGACGGUGGUGCAGUUCACGGAGCUGCGGCUGCUGCUGCACCGCCUCAGCGCCGCCGGAUUCAGCCUGGUGUGGAUCGACUGGAGCUGUGUGCCGCAGUACAAGUCAUCACCCAUGACGGAGGUCAUGCGCUCCAAGCUGUUCUACGCUCGCGCCCGCUCCAUGGUGGUGCUGCCCUCCUACGUGGCCUUUGAGGAGCUGCCCGAGAACAGCGCCGCGGUGGUGCGGGUGCUGCUGGCCAAGGCGGUGCGCACGCUGCGGCGCCGCGCCGAGGAGGGCCAGCCGCACUGUGCCCAGGCCACCACCGCGCUGUCAAACAUCCUGCAGAGAGAGGUGGUGGCGGGCCGCGACUACUUCUCCCGCGCCUGGACGCUGGCGGAGCGCAUGGCGCGACACGGCCGCGGCGAGCCACUGCGCCAGUGGCUCAGCUGCGAGACCUGGGCGGGCAUGCUGGUUGACGCGCUGUUGCGCUCGCUGGAGGACCGCACCGCCAGCAGCAUCUACAAGAAGAUCCUGGGCCCGGAGGCGGCUGAGCUGCUGGACUCGGCCAUUGAGCCGCUGGUGGAGGCGGUGGCCACAGGCAGCCCGCAGGACGAGGAGCUGGUCGACAAGGUGGCCAGUCUGUUCCAGGCGGCUGUGGGCGUGUGGCGCACGUCGCCCAACCUGGGGGAGGCGCCGUCCAAGUCCUGGUUGGCGGCCUACCUGGAGGAGAUUCACACCGGCAUCUACCAGGCCUGGAGCCGCCCCGACCUGCUGUGGGCGGUGUAUUCGUACUUUUGCUUCAAGCCGCUGGACCAGAGGCGCGAGGAGGGCGUCAUGGCGGCUCUGAAAGCGCUGGUCAAGGUGGCGGGCGGCGACGACAUGCGCACCUCCUUCCUGGCCACCAAGAUGGGCAUGGGCCACAUGGUCACUCUCAGGCCGCUGGACAGGCGGCUGCACGCGGCUGUUGAGGCGGGGCGGACCGCGGAGGUGCUGGAACUGCUGGCGGAGGGCGCCUUCAUCGAGGCGCUGGACGCGAACGCCAGCACGCCGCUGCUGAUGGCGGUGUGUGCGGGCCAUGUGGAGGUGGUGCACGUGCUGCUGGAGGCGGGGGCGGCGGUGCAGGUGUGCCUGUCAGAGGAGGAGCGCAACACGGCGCUGCACGUGGCGGCGGCACGGGGCGACCCCGCGGUGGUGCAGGCACUGCUGGCGGCGGGCGCGAACAUAGGCGCCCGGGACGCGGCUGGCUGCACGCCGCUGAGUGUGGCGGCGCGCGAGGGCCACCUGCCCGUGGUGGAGCUGCUGCUGGCGACGUCGGGGGGCAAGGACGUGGACGCCAAGGACAACGCCGGCAACACGCCGCUGCACCACUCCGCCAUCCACGAGGAUGUGGCGGCGGCGCUGCAGGCGGCCGGCGCCAACGUGGCGGCGAGGAACCUGGCGGGCCAGACCGCCGAGGACACCCGGCGGGCGCUGGAGACGCGCAAGGCAGCCGGCAUGCCGGCACGGCCGCCGCAGUCGGAUGCGGAGCGCACACUGCUGGCCGAGUGCUCCAAGCCGCCCCAGCACCGGCGGGCGGUGGCGGCCGCCGUGAAGCGGCUGCUGGUCAACGACAUGGCCGUCAACGCCAACGCGCAGGAUGAGGAGGGCCACUGCGCGGUGCACCUGGCGGCGGGCAACGGGCACACGGAGGCGCUGGCGGCGCUGUUGAUGGUGGGCGCCCUCAAGGACGUCCGCAGCAGGGCCGGACACACGCCCAUGCACCGCGCCGCGCUGCACGGCCGGCCGGAUGCGCUCACGGUGCUGCUGGAGAAGGGCGCCGCACCCGACCUGCCGGAUGAGCGCGGCGACACGCCGUUCCUAGUGGCUGCGGGCGCAGGCCAGCUGGACUGCAUCCGCCUGCUGCUCAAGCAGGGCGGCGGCGUGGCCAAGGACGCACUCAACAAGGCCGGCAAUAACGCGCUGCACUGUGCGGCGCUGUCGGGCAACGCCGACGCCGUCCGCAUUGUGCUGUCUGCGGCGGUGCCCAACGUGCCCAACAAGGCGUCGUACACGCCGCUGCACGUGGCGGCCAUGUCCAGCACGGAGGAGGUGGUGCGGGCGCUGCUGGACGCCGACGCCGGCAUGGAGGUGGCGGACGCGGAGGGCCAUACGCCCCUGCACCGCGCCGCGCACGAGGGCAAUGUGGACACCAUACGGGCGCUGCUGGCGGGCGGAGCGAACAAGGAGGCACUCAACAAGGACACGGAGACGCCGCUGUUCCUGGCCGUUUACCAAGGACACUUGAAAGCCAUCACCGUGAUGGUGGAGGCGGGCUGCAGCCUGACGGCCACGGAGCAGCAGUUCGGCACCACGGUCCUGCACCGCGCGGCCAUUGAGGGCGACGCGGAGACCGUCAAAACACUCAUCGGGCUUGGUGCCGACCUCACAGCACAGGACGCGAGCGGUGACACUCCUAUGCAUGCCGCGGCCUCGGGAGGCGAGAUGGGAGCUCUGAAGGCGUUGCUAGCGGCAGCCCCAGCAGCGGCCAAGGAAGCCAAGAACAAGUUGGGGCAAACGCCGCUGCACCGCGCGGCACAGGACUCGGGUGCCGGGGCGGCGGUGCGGGCCCUCCUGAACGCCGGUGCCAACAAGGACGCAACCACCGGGGAGGGCAACACGGCUUUGCACCUGGCGGCGAGAGCGAAAAAGCUGGAGGCCAUCCGCGUCCUGCUGGCAGCGGGCGUGGCCAAGGACGUGUACAACAAGGUCGGCCAGACGGCCAUGCACCGCGCUGUGGAGGGCCAGGCCGAGGGCACUGUGCAGGUCAUUGAGCUUCUGGCCAAGGCAGGCUUCAACCUAGAAGCGGUGGUGAAGGACGGAAUGACGCCACUUGCUCACGCCGUAAGACUUGCCCAAACGGAGGGGGUCCGCAUGCUCCUCGCACUCGGUGGCAACCGCGCGGCAGCAGUAGGCGACUACAGGAACACGCCCCUGCAUUAUGCCGCCGCUGCGGGUCACACCGCCAUCGUGCGGAUGCUACUGGACAAGGCCCCCGUCGCCGUCAGGGAGGCCAGGAACUCGAACGGUCACACUCCGUUUCUUUUGGCGGCGGAGCAAGGCAAAGACGAGGUGCUUCAAGUUCUGUUGGCUGCCGGCGCCGACAAAACAGCGCUGACGAAGAAUCCGGACUCCUGGCAAGCGCUGGAGCUGGCUGCCAAGCACGGCCACACGAGCACGUGCAAGGUGCUUGUGGAGGCCGGUUUUGAUGUGAACCAGCCAAACCCCAAGACCGGCUGCACGCCCCUCCACCGCGCGGCGGAGUUCAACAAGGCCGACGUGAUUGACAUGCUGUUCGCACUGCAGAGCUUCAACGCGAAACGCAACUUCCGAGGAUGGGCGGCCCUUCACGUGGCGGCGGAGAAGGGCUCGCUUGACGCCACAAAAGCCAUUCUCAAGCAGAUGGGCGUAAUGCACAGAGACGACCCCACAGACAAGGAGAAGCGCUCAGCCUUCCACGUGGCGGCCAUUGCGGGCCACGUGGCCGUAAUGGAGGAGCUGCUCAAGAACCAGGGCCACUACCACCGCAUUGAGCCGGACGACAUCGACGGGUACGGCUACUCGCCCUGCAUGUACGGCGCCCUGAACGGCCACGUGGAGGUGCUCAAGUUCCUGUUCGACACCACGGGCCGCAUGCGCUCCGACGCACUGCUGCGCCCCGACAGGACCACGGAGCAGACCACGAUGCACCUGGCUGUGGGCAAGACGCCCGGCCACACGGCCGUGCUCACCUACCUGCUGACCCACAGGUGGCUGCAGGCCAACCCCAACGUCAAAGAUAAGAGUGGCUGCACGCCGAUGCACUACGUGGGCAAGCGCGGGCUGCCCGAGAUGGUGGACGUGCUGGUCAACGCGCGCGGCGACAUCAACGCACAGAAUGCGCACGGCCAAACCCCUCUGGCCAUGGCCAUUGAGGCGGGCAAUCUGGCGGUCCAGAAGCGGAUGAUGGAGCUGGGCGCCCGGCGCUGAUGACCGCACACAUAGCUGGAGGGUAUGCAGAUGCAGCGAAUGAGCGCAUGAAAACAGGGUGCACAGGCGCCGGAAUGCGCCGACAAGUGCGUUUGGCUUGAUCUGUUGACUGGGUUAGCGGGUGUGAUGCCAUCGAAUUCAGUGAGGUGCGCGCCCGCGAGUGUGUGAGUAAAGCCUCUGAGCGAGUGAUUUUUAAGUACUGGAUCUGCGGCAGCGGUGGGCAGGAGGGGGGCAGAUGCAUCCUCACGGUAGUUACGUCCAGGCCGCUAGCUAGCUUGGCCCGGGGGGUCGCCCGCCCCAUUGACGCGUGUGGCGCAAUGCGGUGCGGCAUGCAGGCACGCAGGGGCCGAGCUGCAGUAGCUGGGAUGCGCGUGUGUGUCGUGUGCGUGCGGGCGCAAGCGCGCGGUGCAGUGAGGUUUAAGCCGUUGUCCUGGUGGUGUCGAGGGCCCCGUCAUCGUCUGCAAUUACCGGUACGUUGAGCAGUGGUGCAAGCGCGGGGGAGCCAGCAGAUGGCACCAUGCAGAUGCUCGAGCGGGGGGGCGGGCGGGCUCUGCGGCGCAUCCCGUUUUGGCCCUGUUGUUGAUGUUCCCAUG